AUGCUCACCUUGCCAGUAGAGCCAGGCUUCUCGAUGGGAAGUUUUAAAAUUGGAAUGCCCAUUUCCGAGGCCAUUCGGCACUUGAAGCAAUAUGUGGAGCAAAUCAACAGAUAUCCCAAAUCCUCUGAAUUGGUGAUGGUGCAAAAUUCAUCAUCGUCCAUCUCUUCCUCACCGAAUUCAUCAUCCCCAUCAACAGAAAAUGUUCCGUCUUUUUCAAUUGUUACACUCGAUGAACAAGUCAAUGAUGUAGAAAUUCUGUACAAUGAAAAGGAGCCUCUCAACAACGAUAUAAUUGUGAAAAUCGUGGAGGAAGAUAUUGUACUAUAUUUUGAAUCUCAAACGCAACGUUUGAAAUUGAUACAAAUUAAUAAUGUAACAAAAGUUAAAUUAUCCUAUAGUGGAACAAUUUUCAGUGGACCAAACAUUGAUGCUAGUUUUGUAAAUAUUUACAAUGUCUUUGGCCCAACAUAUCCAGGAGAGUUCGACACAAAAUCGAACACCUACAUUUUAACCUAUCCAGGAUUGACAUUCGUCUUUCCAAUUCCUCCCAUGUAUGCUCAUCUCUACAAGGAUGGACAAGAAAUGCCAAUCGAAUUUCCCAAUAAUACUACUCCAAUUGCUACCAGGAUUUAUUUAUUUCAUGGUCACGACUUGAAAAAUCCAAAACUACCUCCUGUGAAACCUUCCAUCAAUGAGUCAUUGAAAACCACUUCAAAUGGUGUGAGUCCUACAAACUCUCAAUCCAAACAGCAAAAUACAUUUCCUGUCAAGUACGAAAAUUCUAAUUUCAUUGAAGAAAAGAAGAACAAAUCAAACAAGAAAGCUCUCUCACCACGGGAUGAAGUGAAUUACUAUUUUGAACCAAUCCAAGUCAAUCUCGGAAAAGGUAUUGAAUUAUCUGAUAGAAAAAAGAAGAUUAAAUUUGGAUACACAACACAGGAUGUAUUAAUGAUUCUAGGCCCUCCAGACAAAAUUUAUUACAAAAGAAAUGACAAAUUGAAGAUUCAUGCCAUUGGUGCAGGUCAUCUCUCAGGUCAUGUCGUGAGCAAUGAUAGAAGUAUGAACGGAGAAAAAACAGCAAAACCAAAAGAAAAGUUCUUUGAAAAUGAUGGUGGUAUUAGUCUCACUACUUUGGUGGCUCCUUCUCUCAAAAAUAGAAUUAAGCAAAACGUUGGAAAUGACUAUUUUUACAAUUAUUUUUCAUUGGGAUUUGAUAUCAUGUUUGGUGGAUCCACUCACACAGUUCAGAAAAUUAUUCUUCACACCAAUGUGCCUGGAAGUGUGGAUUUCAAUGUUUAUGUCAAGUGUAAUUUUUCUAUUGCCGUUAAUCAAUUUGAGGGACAAGAAAACAAGAGAGAGUUUAUUGGACCUGAUGUCAAAUUUUCAACCGUUCAGCAAUCACUUGAAGGCACUCCAUGCAGCAAACCAAUAGUGCAUGACCAUACUAGAGCAAAUAAUCCGUUUGGAGGAACCAAGUUCUAUGCGUUUAAAAACUGCAUUUUCGAGGUCAUUAGCCGCAACGAUCACGUCAAUUCGGUGACUCUUUUCAAGGUAGACAGUUAG